UGUCUGUGUAGUGCGAGCGUGAAACAGGCCUGUCCUAAGGGCAUCUACCUCACGCCCACACCACGCGAUCCACACGUCUGGCAAGGUGUGCUAUUUGUUCGCAAAGGCCCUUAUACACCCGCAAUCCUCAAGUUCUCCCUGCUCCUUGCCGCCGACAAGCCUCCAACCAUCACCUUUUCCACCGAUGUUUUCCACCCAUUGGUCACCCCUUUGACCACAUACACCUACACGACGAGCGACACAGGCGCUGAUACUGUCCAUGCCACCGAUGACGAGCGUCUUCCACCCGGUGGCUUCAGCCUACGACACGGCUUUCCUCAAUGGUUCGGACGCAAGAAGCCGAAGCCUACAUCUCAGGUCGGGCUAGGCGAAGAAACAACAUCGACAUCAGAACGCUCGCAGUCUUCGUACGGCCCUCUGGCCAUCGUACAGAUCUUGUUCUACAUGCGGAGUGCCUUUGACACAGCCGAUGUGCUCGAUAAGGUGCCGCUAGAAGCGGCGGGCAACCCGGGUGCAUGGCAUGCGUGGCAGACUCAUAGAGCGCGAGUUAUUGGCACAGGCCCUCGCUCUACGACACCAGAGGAUGGGAAGAGCCCCGCGUCUCCUACUUUACGUCAACAGCCAGGUGGUGCUCGGAGGCCUGGCCAAUGGAAUUGGGAGGGCGUCUGGGAAGAGAGGGUCAAGAAAGGCGUGCAAGCGAGUGUAUCACAGCAAACUCUGUUCGGUACUGCCGGUUCAAAUGAUGAUCUCGUAAGUUGUGCGAGAGCAGACUACUCCGCAGCAUGGCUAGCUAACACUCGUGUCUCAGAUCAACUUCCUGAACAUCGACACAGACGCGACUGA